CCGCGCCCAGCUCGACCCUCGCCCGCGCCUCUUGCUUCAACAGUGCUUGGACGGAGGCAGCCCGGCCCGGCUCGGCACCAUGAGCUCGCAGAUCCGCCAGAACUACCACGCCGAGAGCGAGGCCGGCCUCAACCGCCUGGUCAACCAGCUGCUGCACGCCAGCUACUGCUACCUGUCCGCGGGCUACUUCUUUGACCGUGAUGAUGUGGCUCUGUCCCGCUUCUCCAAGUUCUUCCGCCAUGAGUCUGAGGAGAAGCGGGAGCAAGCUGAGCGCCUCAUGGGGCUGCAAAACCGCCGGGGGGGGCGCCUUGUGCUGCAGGACAUCCAGAAGCCUGGGCAGGAUGAGUGGGGCAAUGGGCUGGCUGCCAUGCAGGCGGUGCUGCAGUUAGAGAAGAGCAUCAACCAGGCCCUGCUGGACCUGCACCAAGUGGCCACGCGCCACGCUGACCCCCACCUGCAACAGAAGCCAGGACUUCUGGCUCCUAGACUCUGCUCUAACCUACCAGACCCACUCCCUUCCCAGGGCUGGGGGUAGAACCCAGGUGUCCUGGUUUCCAGCACCGCCCCCUUCCACCAGACCCUACUCCCCUGCCUGAGCUGAUAGAACCCAGGUAUCCUGAGCCCUGCUGCUUUUCCCCCUCCCCACAGCUGUGUGACUUCCUGGAGACUCACUACCUGGAUGAGGAGGUGAAGCUCAUCAAGAAGUUGGGUGACCACCUCACCAACUUGCGGCGUGUGGGGAUGCCUGACUCUGGCUUGGGCGAGUACCUCUUUGACCGCCUCACUCUAGACGAGAGCAGUGACUGAGCCCUGUGACCACUGACCUGCUCUGCAGCUGUGCUGGCUCUUUAAAUCUAAACCUGGGCAGGGCACAUCUACCCCACUACAUUCCAGUGCAACAGCAAGCCUGCACCCCCAAGGGAAAAACAAAUUAACUGGCAUCCAAUAAAUGCUUGGCAUUAA